AUGAGGAAACUUUGUCCAAAUUUUGAUCGUGAAGAUGGACUCGACACAGUUCUCGAGGUUCCAAUCCCUGAAGAAAUGUUUGCUUCAAACAAGCAGAGUAAUAGGUCAUGGCAAAACAUGAAAGCCUGGAUGAGACCACACAACGAAAAGUCCAUGACAAAUCUUUUUGGAGGCAAAAACACUGAGAUUCAACUCUUGCUUGGUGUUGUUGGUGCUCCUUUGAUCCCUCUUCCCAUCCGCUGUGAUCACCAGUUCAUCAACCGUAACAUCAAAGACCACCCCAUUGAGGCAUCAAUGGCAAAAUACAUAGUGCAACAAUACAUAGCAGCAGCAGGAGGAGAGAAGGCUCUGAAUUCUGUGGACAGUAUGUACGCCAUGGGGAAAGUGAAAAUGGCAGCGUCAGAAUUUUGUGCAGGCGAAGGGAAUUUUAACAACAAUAAGGUGCUGAAAGUGAAGAAUCAGAGACAUGGAGGUGGAGAAAUGGGAGGGUUUGUUCUAUGGCAAAAAAGACCAGACUUAUGGUGUUUGGAAUUAGUGGUUUCUGGGUGCAAAAUUAGUGCUGGCAGCGAUGGUAAGGUAGCUUGGAGACAAACCCCAUGGCACCACUCUCAUGCAUCUAGAGGCCCACCUAGGCCUCUGAGACGUUUUCUCCAGGGCCUUGAUCCAAGGUCUACGGCCAACUUAUUCUCCAAUUCUGUUUGCACCGGCGAGAAAGCAAUCAACGAUGAGGACUGUUUCGUGCUAAAACUUGAAGCCGAGCCCUCGUCAUUAAGAGCAAGAAGCACUAACAAUGUAGAAAUAAUUAGGCACACGGUAUGGGGCUACUUUAGUCAAAGAACGGGCCUGUUGGUCCAAUUAGAAGACUCUCACCUUCUAAGAAUUAAAGCCUCAGGCAAUGACGGCAUUUUUUGGGAGACAACAAUGGAGUCAACAAUUCAAGACUACCGAACCAUAGAUGGGAUUAACAUCGCAUAUAAGGGAAGGACUUCAGUCUCAUUGUUCAGGUUCGGGGAGACACCAGAAAGUCAUUCAAGGACAAGAAUGGAGGAGAUUUGGGCUAUUGAAGAAGUUGAUUUUAACAUAAAAGGAUUGUCCAUGGAUUGCUUUUUGCCACCCAGUGAUUUAAAGAAAGAGGAAGAAGGGUGUGAUCAUGUUGCGAUUAGCGAUAAUGCAAGAUUACCUUUCCAGAUUCGAUCAGCUUCUUCUAGGAUUAGUGCAUCUAAGGUUGUCGCUAUCGAUGAUGUUGAUGAGUCGGAUGAAAUUGAUGAUGAUGACGAGGAUGACAAAUAG